CCAUCAGCGCGCGGAGCGGGGCUGGGGCUGUCAGGCGGGCAGGGCCGCCUAGGACCCUGGAGGGGCCGAUCGUCUCGCCCUGCAGAGCCUCCUCUCCCGCCUCUCUCCCUCCGGGGUUUGGCAUCCCUCGGGGAGCAAGAAGCCCGCUCCAGCCCUGACAGCGGGCCGGGCAGGCGGUGCGGUCGGGCCCGGGGGCGGAUGCUCGCGGGUGGGCCGGGCCGGCCGGCUGCGGGGGAGGCGGGCUGCGUUAUUUCCCGCUAGGGCCAGACUCCGGGAGGGACUGGCCUGCACGGUGCUCUCGGCCCCAGCCAGCGCGCGCCGCCCCUCGGGCAGGGCCUGGGGGCGAGCGAGGCGGCGGCGCGGCAUUCCGGGCCUCGGGCCGGGCGCGUGAGCGGGCCGGGGCCGGAGCCGGGCCGACGCCCCGGCGGCGCCUCUCCCACGCUCGCGGCCCCUCCCCCUCCCUUCCUUCCUUCCCCUCGGAUCUCCCGGGAGCGGCGGGCGGACGCGAGCCGCGGCGGGCGCCCGAGCUUUGUGUGCGCCCGCGGGCCCGGGGCGAGCUUCGGGCGGCCCAACUUGGCGGCGGCCGGCGGGCUCCCGGGAGGGAGUUGUGAGGCGUGGCCCGGUGGAGGAGGCGCCUGGGGGGGCGUGGGGCUCCCAGGCGAGCGGGAGGGACAGAGCGAGGCGCGCCGGACAAUGAGCUGGGCAGCUCGGCGCUGCGGCCACUUUUAGGGGGCGCGGGUCGGCCGGCGCCUCCGCGGCUCCACCUGCGAGGAGAGGGCGGGAUGCCAGAGCUGGUUGUCCCGGCGCUCUGAGGCUUCUCGCAGUUAGACGUCCCUGAGCCGGUGCUCGCCUUGACCCUGGGCUACCUGGAGGCUUUGGCUGGGGCGUGUUUCGUGGGGGCGCCCCUGGAGCAGCCGCGAUGGCCAGCACCAGGAGUAUCGAGCUGGAGCACUUUGAGGAACGGGACAAAAGGCCGCGGCCGGGGUCGCGGAGAGGGGCGCCCAGCUCCUCCGGGGGCAGCAGCAGCUCCGGCCCCAAGGGGAACGGGCUCAUCCCCAGCCCGGCGCACAGUGCCCACUGCAGCUUCUACCGUACGCGGACCCUGCAGGCCCUGAGCUCGGAGAAGAAGGCCAAGAAGGCGCGCUUCUACCGGAAUGGGGACCGCUACUUCAAGGGCCUGGUGUUUGCCAUCUCCGGCGACCGCUUCCGGUCCUUCGAUGCGCUGCUUAUGGAGCUCACCCGCUCCCUGUCGGACAACGUGAACCUGCCCCAGGGUGUCCGCACCAUCUACACCAUCGACGGCAGCCGGAAGGUCACCAGCCUGGACGAGCUGCUGGAAGGUGAGAGUUACGUGUGUGCGUCGAAUGAACCGUUUCGUAAAGUUGAUUACACCAAAAACAUUAAUCCAAACUGGUCUGUGAACAUCAAGGGUGGGACCACCCGCGCCUUGGCUGCUCCCUCCUCAGUGAAGAGUGAAGUGAAGGAAAGUAAAGAUUUCAUCAAACCCAAAUUAGUGACUGUGAUUCGAAGUGGAGUGAAGCCUCGAAAAGCUGUGCGGAUCCUUCUGAAUAAGAAGACUGCUCAUUCCUUCGAACAGGUCUUAACAGAUAUCACUGAAGCCAUUAAACUGGACUCAGGAGUGGUGAAGAGGCUCUGCACGCUGGACGGGAAGCAGGUUACUUGUCUGCAAGACUUUUUUGGUGACGAUGAUGUUUUUAUUGCAUGUGGACCUGAAAAAUUCCGUUACGCCCAAGAUGACUUUGUCCUGGAUCACAGUGAAUGCCGUGUCUUGAAGUCAUCUUAUUCUCGCACCUCAGCUGUUAAGUAUUCUGGAUCCAAGAGCCCUGGGCCUUCUCGACGCAGCAAAUCACCAGCUUCAGUAAAGAGGGGUGGCCACUACUCCAGGGCCUACUCUACAGCCAAAUCCCCAGUUAAUGGAACUCCCAGCAGCCAACUUUCCACUCCUAAAUCUACGAAAUCCUCCAGUUCCUCUCCAACUAGCCCAGGAAGUUUCAGAGGAUUAAAGCAGAAUUCUGCACAUGGCCGAUCUUCUUCCAAUGUAAAUGGCGGGCCUGAACUUGAUCGUUGCAUGAGUCCUGAAGGUGUGAAUGGAAACAGGUGCUCUGAAUCGUCAACUCUUCUUGAGAAGUACAAAAUUGGGAAGGUUAUUGGUGAUGGCAAUUUUGCAGUAGUCAAAGAGUGCAUGGACAGGUCCACAGGAAAGGAGUUUGCCCUAAAGAUUAUAGACAAAGCCAAAUGUUGUGGAAAGGAGCAUCUGAUUGAGAACGAAGUGUCGAUACUGCGCAGAGUGAAACAUCCAAAUAUCAUCAUGCUGGUUGAGGAGAUGGAAACAGCUACUGAGCUUUUUCUGGUGAUGGAAUUGGUCAAAGGUGGAGAUCUCUUUGAUGCAAUUACUUCUUCAACCAAGUACACUGAGAGAGAUGGCAGUGCCAUGGUGUACAACCUGGCCAACGCCCUCAGGUACCUCCACGCCCUCAGCAUUGUGCACAGAGACAUCAAGCCAGAGAACCUCUUGGUGUGUGAAUAUCCUGAUGGGACCAAGUCUUUGAAACUGGGAGACUUCGGGCUGGCCACUGUGGUAGAAGGCCCUUUAUACACAGUCUGUGGCACCCCGACUUACGUGGCCCCAGAAAUCAUUGCUGAAACCGGCUAUGGCCUGAAGGUGGACAUUUGGGCGGCUGGCGUGAUCACGUACAUACUGCUCUGUGGAUUCCCACCCUUCCGAAGUGAGAACAAUCUCCAGGAAGAUCUCUUCGACCAGAUCUUGGCUGGGAAGCUAGAGUUUCCGGCCCCCUACUGGGACAACAUCACGGACUCAGCCAAGGAAUUAAUCAGUCAAAUGCUUCAGGUAAACGUUGAAGCGCGGUGCACUGCGGGACAGAUCCUGAGUCACCCCUGGGUAUCAGACGAUGCCUCCCAGGAGAAUAAUAUGCAGGCUGAAGUAACAGGUAAACUCAAACAGCACUUUAAUAACGCGCUCCCCAAACAGAACAGCACCACCACCGGGGUCUCCGUUAUCAUGAACACGGCUCUAGAUAAGGAGGGCCAGAUCUUCGGCAGUAAGCUCGGCGCGGACGGCAGCCGGCCCGGCCUGGAGCCCGCUGCCCCGGAUCCCCCUGCGUCCCCGGAGUCGCCCCCGCGCUCUCCUGCCGCCGCCGCCGCCGCCGCCGCGGAGUGCGAGCGGGCGGGGACCUGGCGCCGCCACCGCGACUGACCGGCCGCCCCCGCCGCCCGCAUCGCUGCCCGCACCGCGCAUCGCAUCGCCGGGGUGGAGAGCGCGCUUCCAGGGCCACCGCUUCCCGCGCGUUCCGCCCGGGUCCUGGAGGGGCCUGUGCGCGUCGGCUUCGGGGACAGGUCCUCGGAGCGGCUUCGUUUAAAUUCUCUGUCUUCUCAGUUCAGUGGACAUUUGACGGCGUCACCAGGAGAAUGUGCAACUUUUAUCUGACAUUGAGCGCAUUUUUAUAGAAACACUUUGGAUGCACCGAGAUCGCUCUCUUAUUUAAGUAAACUCAGGAGGGCUCCCUUUUUCUUACAAGCAACUCAGAACUGCGUCUGUCCCUUUGUGGGCGCCCUUCCUCUGCUGACGGGGGUCGGGGGCUGGCUUCCCGCGCAAGGCUUGGAGCCCGAGCGGACCCCCUGGUCCCGGCACUCCGCCCAGCCUCGGGGGCUCGUCUAGGACGACACUGGCUCUGGACUUGUGCGCAGACCGCAGGGAAGGCCGUUUCUUCCCUCGCAGUUGUGUUUCCCUGACUCUUCCCACGACCGUAUUAGAAAAUGCUGACGACCUUGUCCUUGGGGCUUUUUAACGAGAAGCGUGGUGCAUGCCGCGUUGCCGGGCGCUUCCUUCUCCAGGUCCGGCUGCGGGCAGAGCAGGACCAACCAGCGGCCCCAGGAGCCGCGGGAGCCUCCCUUCUCCAUCUGCUUUUCAUCUGCAGCGGCGGCAACAACCCCCAGGAAGCGCGGGGCACAGUCGGGACUGGGCGGGAAGGUGCCUGCAGACAUCCUCCGUUACUAACCUUCUGGAAGGCUGCUGGCAGUUUUCCCUGUUUUCCACCACCCUGCUCUUUUUAAUGAUUGUAUAUAAUCAGUGUAUUUGUUUUACCUGCUCAUCUUCUAAACGGGUGGGCCUGUAGUUCAUUCUCAUUGUUAAGACUUUUGCCGCCUACAAGUGUAUCCAAUAAACUUUUCCUUCUUGAGAAAUAGCGGUCAGGGUGGGUAGAGGUUCCUGCGUGGUGGUUUUGCAGAGUGUUGUGGUCAAAGCAACCCCUCCCCGGCCCAGGUUCUGGCUGGUGCCAGUGUUGGUUUUUGUCUCGGGUCACAACGGGGAAGAGAGGUGCGUGGGAAGAACGCACGGAGGUGCACCUGGAUGGAACUGUGUUUGAUUACAGGUGCAGAAACUCACACAACAAAAGCUCAAAAAGGGGGCUUCCCUGGUGGCGCAGUGGUUGAGAAUCUGCCUGCUAAUGCAGGGGACACGGGUUCGAGCCCUGGUCUGGGAAGAUCCCACAUGCCACGGAGCAACUGGGCCUGUGAGCCAAAACUACUGAGCCUGCGCGUCUGGAGCCUGUGCUCCGCAACGGGAGAGGCCGCGAUAGUGAGAGGCCCGCGCACCGCGAUGAAGAGUGGCCCCCGCUCGCCACAACUAGAGAAACCCCUCGCACAGAAACGAAGACCCAACACAACCAAAAAUAAAUAAAUAAACAAAUAAAUAAAAUUAAAAAAAAAAAAAAAAAAAGCUCAAAAAGGAUAUAGAGAUUAUUAGUGUACAACAGAGAACUCUGAUGGAACCAGAGACAGGAAGGUCAGGCUUUAUAGGAAAUGGGGAGCUGGGGCAGCUGUUCUUCUUGUCUGUCUGUGCCUGUCUCAGAGGUUGUGCUGUCUCCUGUCUCUGCUUCUCUCAUUGCAUUUCGGCUCUUGGUUUCUGUUCCCUCGUAACGUCUGCUUGCCUGGUCUCUGGCUUAGCCUGUAACUGCUUCUGUCCCCAGCUUUGCAAGGCUGUACAACUCCACGGCUUGAAACCAUAUCUUUCAGCUCUGGUUCUCUUCGUUCACACUGCUGUGUGACGAUUUCUCUCACCAGCUGACCUGUGAUCCAAUCCAGAGGCAGGUGACAGAAUGCAGAUGGGCUUCCUGGGCGCACAGCUCCAGUGGGUGCAGGCUUCAAGAGAGGGUAGUGAUGGGCAGGUCCAGAACAUUCUGCCUGUCGCUCCUCUCACUGGUUAAAGAGCGAGCUUUUUCAUAGCUUCCAAUAGAAAAAUGUUUGUUAAUGGAAGCGAAGAGCUAAUGUAAAAGAAAGAGGAGAAAAAUGAGGAUAAAGAAAAUGAAAAUGAAGAAUGAUGGAGCGAGGCCUUUAGUGUACUGAUCAGAGCCUGAAACUCGACCCCAUCUCUCAAACUGCGAGGUUCAAAGACAUUUGCUAAAGACUUAAGAAAAUAAAUGGCCAGGGCAGUGCCAGUCACUGGUGGCAGGAGGAGGAGCGCCUUCUGUCCCGCACGUGCUCCCACGUUCUGUGGCACCCUGGAUGGCCUGGAGACAGGAGUAGCCUGAGCUGGGUGUGGCAACGUGGCCUGGCAGUGGCCAAGCAGUUCUUUAGUAAUUAAAUCCCACAAACACCUAGAGCGUUAAGUGGUGGUAAAGGAACAAGCCCAGAAGUAGGUCAUGGGACUGGCAGGAGACAGAGCCAUGAUAUGGUUUGAGAUUCCACAGACAUCAAACCUGUGCUCUUUUGAAGGCAGCCUGUUGUCCAGGGUCAAUCGAGGCCUGGAUGUGAGUGGCCAUCUAGAUGAUGAUCCUAAAUAAAGGCUCCGACACCACAAGCAAAUUGUUCAUUCACCCACACAUGUAGCAAACGUUAUUGAGCUCUUAUUCUGGUCUCAGGAUCCAAAUUAAAUAGAGGUCCUUUAUUGCUGGGUUCCUCCGCUCCCGCACUGAGAGAGAGGCCCGCGCUUGGUUUAUGUUCAUCCCCUUAUUCCAGCAGGGGGGCCAUGUCUACAGAAGUUGACCUUUGAAGAGAGCAAGGGAAGCAGUGACCUGCCGAAGCCGUCGUGGGCCGCCUGCUGGGCCCAGCCAGGAGUCAGCGGGAGUCUGUCUCUCUUUCUUCAGAAAGGUUGCCGUGACGUGAAGGUACAUGGAACAUACAGAUGGAAGCAUUUGGCGUAACUCCCCCAGAAUAUCUGCGUGAAUACGAUUGUGAAACGUGAAUCAGGAGAUGGGGGACAGUUCAGAACAGAUAAACCAUAUUGGAAGAAAGAGCACUGGGUAGCGAUGCUGUCUUGGAGGAGGACUUUCAGGGCAGUUUGCUGUUCCAUGGAAAUACAGUGUAAGCCACAUAAUUUAACAUUUCCUGGUACCAUAUUAAAAAAAAUGUAAAAAAGAACAGGUGAAAUUAUAGUAUAGUAUAUUUAACCCAGUAUAUCUAAAUACCUCCCUUUAAAGUAUUAUUUCAACAUGUGAUCAGUGUAAAAAACAAUCAUUGGGAUACUUUACUUCUUUGUCCUAAGUCUUUGAAACCUGGUGUGUAUUGACAUGUAUGCCACCUCUCAGGCUGGACCAGGCACAUUUCAAGCGUUUAAUAGCCCCGUGUUGCUCCACCUGCCAAGCUGGACAGUGCAGCUCUAAAGAAAGGCCACAGCACUCAGUGUCCUUGUUUUGUUUAGUUUUGCAUAUGGUGUGUAUGACAACGCAGAAAGAAUCCUUAUCCACUGUUUUAAAUGGGAUGGACUGAUUUAAGACGAUCUCAGCAGGUUAGAGCACUGAUCCAAACCUGAGAUGUGACAUCAAAGCGUGAAGUCCUGUGAUUCAGUGGCCAAGGCCCUGGUGUUCACUUCUUCACGGGAAAGAUCUGGGAGGGGAGAAGUGCAACGAGCACCAUGUCAUUAGGCGCCAACAGAACUGCUUAAACGUUAGCAUAACCUUAAGCUGCAUCCUGAAAAGUCUGUGCAGGUCGUGGGCAGCGUGAGUCGAGCCUCCCAGGUACGGCUCUGCGCUGGGGCCUCGGGGUGUGUGGUGCAGAUGAAGCAACCAUUGCCCGAAAGAAGGCAGCCAGGGUGGCGAGGGGUUUAAAGCCCUGGGAGCCAAGGACUGGUGGAGAAGCGGUCAGGUGUUGCUUAGGAAAACCCAGAGGCAUCUCCGCCUGAUGUGUGGCUUCACAGUGAACUGCUCUGUGGCAGGGGGUGCAGACUUCUUUUGGGUGCUCUGGGUGGUGGCCCGAGGUCAGUGGGUAGGAGACUUGAGGGUCAGGUGUGAACGCAGCGUUGCAGGAGCAGGCUGGUGACAGAAUUCGCUGCUUUCCAAAGGAGCGAUUGUCUAGUUCUGGGAAAUGCCUAGGUGCUAAAUAAUAACAAAAGUUCAUAGUUUACAGAGUUAUCUCACACUGUCUUGUUUGAGCCAUACCACAGCCCUGAGAGAACAGCUAACAUUCCUGUUCAACAAACGAGGGAACUCAGAUGGGUCUUGAGCUGACGGAGCCUGGACAUGCGUUUCCCGGCCCCGGGGCAGGUGUCCUGGGAGCUGCUGUGCCCCUCCAGGUGGUCAGGGAUGCUUUAGGGGUAGCAUCUGUGUCCUAAGGUGGAGGUGGGAUGGGCUGGGGAAGACACCUGACAAAGUGGUAGAAAAUCGAGGCGGCUAAGAAGUUCCCAGGGCAGGGGCGUGUGAGUUCUGUGAGAUGAAGGAAGACAGUAGUCUCUCUGAGGGAGGCGGAUGUGUGCAACUUUGGUUAGUCUUGGCCAAUGGAUUUUAAGGGGCUAUUUUAUGAUAAACCGUGCAGCCUUGAACUCAGUGGGGGUGUGUUACCAGCAUCGAGCAGCUGAGCGGAAGAAAAAGGUAUUUGGUACAGAGACUGACCUGCUCCUGCCAUGCUCUUUCUCAAACAGAAGCCUCCUUCAUUUGGGGCAGAGCUGGCAGCAUGGCCUUUGGCGGUCAGGAGGGUUUCAGCCCGAGUUUGAUGGUGUGAGGCUGGGCACCUGCCCGUGCUGGCACUAAGGUCAAGCCUGGGGAGUGUCUCUCAGCUGAUCCAAGUCUGAAGCUGCAGCACAGCCAGCUGCUUCUGCCGGGCUCCCCCAGAAUCUUGGUUUUGGCGAGGAAAAAUAUUCCUGAACUUGAGACAGGAAAAUAAUUCACUGCGUGUUUCUGGCAUGUGACUGCUGUGGAAUUCAGAGGAACGUUUGUAGGUCACCUGCUUCCCUUGCCUGCAGGUCAGACCACUCUGUUCUCUAGAAAGAAGGAUGUGAGGCCCUCUGGUUUGAGCAAUCUGCAUUUCUGGCUCAGGCAGGGCAGGGAGUGAUGUGUCAGGGUCAUUCAUCGUAGCCUUGGGCUUUUAUAUGGUGAUCAUGUGAUCUGGGGGACCCAGGAAAUGCAUCAUGGACUCUUUCAGAUCUAUUGAAAAGAAAGAUCCAAAAGACGUUUCUCCCACUCAUCGGAGAGAAAAUAGAAGAGGUAGAAUUAAAAAUUUUUUAAUUUUAAUUUUUGAUUUGCUACUUUAUGGUCUUUGCCUUCCCAGCUUCCUUGCUUUUUCCCUGCAGUGAUAACUUGCGAUGCCUAUAGAAUUAACAUCAUUACACUUUAUGCUACAAAAAAGGGAGGUCGCAAGGCUGGUUGCUCUCCUAGUUGAAGUAGAAAACACUUUCCUCCGUCUGUGGUGGGGCAGAAAUAGCCAAGUGGAGGCUCGGGCGUAUUUGCGGAUACGCAUGGUUUAUGCAGAUUUUCAGAUUCAUGUCCUCCUCCUCUCUGUGUUUGUGAACAUGCUCUGGCCUAAUGUGAUGUCACGUGAUGACGUGAGGCUGUGGGGCUGCCUGCUCCUCCGUCAUCCAACGCACACUGGAGAGUGGCAAAGCUGCUCCGUCAAGCUCAGUGGGAUCCUUCCACCUGUUUAAAGACGUUUCUACUUCGAUGUGGAAGGAAUCUGUCCCGGGGCUGCUGGGCUCUUCAGCAGUGAUGGAGACGGGGUGGGGCUGCUGCAGGAAGGAGAACCAAACCAGGCCAGCGCUCUUGAAAUCAUGUCUGGUAAAAACGUAUCAAAGAUCCCUAGUGAAAAUCUCUCCCGUGGAAGUCCUAUCUUGCUGGAUCUAAACUGUCACGUGCCAUUUAAAUUCAGUUACAUUUGCAGAAAAAGGUGCAACGCGGAUGUGCGGUCUGGCUGCAUCCAGAUUCCCUGGCUGUCUGCCAGCUUGACCCACGUGACCUCUGCCAUCUCUCUCUGCCCCUCCGACAGCGAGGUGGGAGGACACACGGCCCCAGAUGUGCGGCCAGGCCCCUGGCUGGGCUCUGCUCUCGGAGCUGAAUGGGAACGGGCAGCCUGGUGGUAAGCUACCGACCUCAUGUGCUACCCCCGGCUUCCGUGGGUCCCAGGCAGGGGACUGUCCCGCAUGCUGACAAGCAGAAGUGAAGUGUGGGGUUAUCUCAAGGCAGAAUUGUUCCUUUUCAUUGGAUUAAUUUAUUGGAACAUUUAUUUGUGGAUGUUUGGUCCACUUUGGGAACAAGCUUCUCCUGAGUGGAUUGUCCACCAGUUCGCAUCUGUGUGCCUGUCAGGUUUUCGUGUUCUCUCUGCUCUAAGCCCUCAUACGCUUUCUCCUAGAGAUCCAGUGGUAUUUCUUAAAGUAGAGCCUCACGGACUUGACUGAUGAUGUUUCCGUCAGAAUCCACACUAUCGGUGAGGAAAACCUUCCUUUCCCGAGGCAGCGCAUGUUAACACACCGCCUCUCAGCAGCGUCACCUACUGAAUGUGUCGCCGUGGUUCCUGGCUGUUGUAGGUCAUCCCGUUUCAUCCCAAGCCAUGUCAGUUUUGACUUUUUUCCCUAAUUGGUUUAUAUUUAUUCGAAGUAAUUUUUUUUAAAGGAGUGAAAAUGGGAUAAAAUAAGUGAAUGUUGAGUAAACCCUAACAUAUACAGUACUAAACAGAGCCUACCCCUAAGAAGCCCUGUGUUGAUGCCAGCGGGAUUCGUUUUAUGAGUAGAUACGGUCAGCCCUCGGUAGCCGCAGGUUCUAUGUCUGUGGUUGGUGGAAGCCACAGAUGUGGGCGGCUGGCUGUAGUUGUGUGUUGAUGCCAGUUGUAAGGUAUUAAGUUUCAGUGGAUUUUCCACAGUUGUAAGUAAGUUUUAAACAAUAAAGGCGGUAGAGGCACCGAUUUUCUUCUUAGGCUCCAAGAGGAAGCUGCUUCAUGAACUUUGCUUCAGGCUUGUUAAAAUAGGUAGUUGAAGAAGUAUCAUAUGCCUGGCAUAUGACUUAGAUAUUCUUAAUUUUCUUCUACCACUUUCCCCAAAGUUUCCAAAGUGUGAUAUCACAGGUUAGUACCAGUGAGGAUAUUCAUUUACCAGUAACUUGGGUAUGUCUUUGACUCUAAGAUGUACUUCCCUUCUCCCACAUUUUACCAUCUAUUGUUUUGUUAAUGGUUUAUAAAACAACGGUGGAUUUUAGACGGAACAGUGUAUAAAGU